GCAGCCAAUAGGAGUCGGGGAGAAAGCUGUACCACCCUAAUAGUACAGUAGUUAAAUAGCACUCAGAAAUAUAAGUUUUUCCACUCAGUUGUGGUGUAAAGGUCUGCCUUCAAGAUGGACGAGGAUAGAGGGAAAGCAACCGAUCAAAUGAAGCUAUGGAAAGAGGGCCGAAGAUCUCAGAGGCCAGAGAAUCUGACCACUGGUGCUGGUCACCCAAUAGGGGACAAGCUGAAUAUAAUAACAGCGGGUCCCCGGGGGCCCCUCCUAGUGCAGGACACCCCGUUCAUAGACGAGAUGGCCCACUUCGACCGCGAGCGCAUCCCAGAGAGGGUGGUGCACGCCAAGGGAGGCGGUGCUUUUGGGUACUUUGAGGUGACACAUGACAUCUCUCGCUACUGCAAGGCCAAGGUGUUUGAGCAUGUGGGCAAGACCACACCUAUCGCCAUUCGCUUCUCCACCGUGGCUGGGGAAUCUGGCUCAGCAGACACAGUGCGAGACCCACGUGGCUUUGCAGUCAAGUUCUACACUGACGAGGGCAACUGGGACCUUACUGGCAACAACACCCCCAUAUUCUUUAUCAGGGAUGCCAUGCUGUUCCCAUCCUUCGUCCACUCUCAGAAGCGCAACCCCCAGACUCACCUGAAGGACCCAGACAUGGUGUGGGACUUCUGGAGCCUGCGGCCUGAGUGUAUGCAUCAGGUGUCGUUCCUGUUCAGUGACCGUGGUCUGCCUGAUGGCUUCCGCCACAUGAACGGCUACGGAUCCCACACCUUCAAGCUGGUCAAUGCCGAGGGUCAGCCAGUCUACUGCAAGUUCCACCACAAGACCAACCAGGGUAUCAAGAACAUGAAACCUGAGGACGCCGAGCGCCUGGCCUCCACCGACCCGGACUACGCCAUCCGAGACCUUUACACCUCCAUCGCCAACGGCAAUUUCCCCUCCUGGUCAUUCUACAUCCAGGUCAUGACUUUUGACCAGGCUGAGAAGUUCCAGUGGAACCCCUUUGACCUGACCAAGGUGUGGUCUCACAAGGAGUACCCCCUCAUUCCCGUGGGGAGGUUGGUGCUCAACAGAAACCCUGCCAACUACUUUGCUGAGAUCGAGCAGCUGGCCUUUGACCCCAGCAACAUGCCCCCUGGUAUCGAGCCCAGCCCCGACAAGAUGCUGCAGGGGCGUCUGUUCUCCUACCCAGACACACACCGCCACCGGCUGGGAACCAACUACCUGCAGCUGCCCGUCAACUGCCCCUUCAAAACCCGUGUGUCCAACUACCAGCGAGACGGGCCCAUGUGCAUGUUCGACAACCAGGCUGGCGCUCCCAACUACUUCCCCAACAGCUUCAGUGCUCCAGAGACCCAGCGGCAGAACGUGGAGACCAGGUUUAAGGUGUCCCAAGACGUGGGCCGCUACAACAGCGCUGACGACGAUAAUGUCACACAGGUGCGUACCUUCUUCACUGAGGUGCUGAACGAGGAGGAGCGCCAGAGGCUCUGUCAGAACAUGGCUGGUGCCCUGAAGGGAGCCCAAGUCUUCAUCCAGAAACGCUGGAUUCAGAACCUGAUGGCUGUGCAUGCAGACUAUGGAAACGGGGUUCAGGCCCUACUCAACAACGCUGAACCCACGAAGGACACUGUGAGAGUGUACACCCGUGGAGGUGCCUCUGCCAUCGCUGCCUCCUCCAAGAUGUGAUGCCUUAACUUCCACCUGGGGGCAGUUCCACCUGUUGCGCUUACCAUCCACUAUAGAAGAUCGUACUACCAACCGUCCGUAAAUGCUAUAGAUAAUUAAAUGGCAAACUAUCAUGAUUUAUUUCGUAAUUCCUCAGGCUACUUACUGCACAGAUGACUAGAGUCAGUUCUUACAUGUAGUUUCCUGCCCAUUUUGCCUAAGUUCACACAGAAAUGAAUAUAGUCAGACUGCAGCCCUAUGGGAGAAGAUCUGACCCCACAUCAAUCAAAUACACAUAUGCUAUCUGAAAAGCCAUGCAUUUAUUCAGUUGUUUAUAGUAUAAUUUUCAUUCCAUUGUCAGUAUAGUGUUUCAUCUCUUUCCCAAUUACUUAUUGUGUAUGUGUCCAUGCCUCAUGUAUGCCCUGAUAGUUAGCUUAAUAAACAGGUAUGUGUUUACUAGCCUAUAUCCUAGUUCAAAUAAGAUUCAGAAUUAUUUUACAGUAUGUAGCAGUUUAAACUUCUGAGUUCUCUUCAAGCUUCUGAGUUCUCUUCAAAAAAAAUUCAGUGCUUAGGCCUACACCAUAUUUCUUGGUUAUAUUAGAAAUGGUUUCAGGCCAUCGAUCAGUGUGAUUAAGUCAUCGUCCUCGCAGCCAAACCAACACAGCAGUGCCUUUUGGGUUAGACACAAAUCCCUAACACCAUGGCAGGAUCAGGGCUUUGCCUAGACUCGCUAUAAAACAAAAUGGUCAUGUACUAAAUGUUUAGUGUAUAUUAGUGUUGAUUUGUGUAGAGACUCUGUACCAGAAUGAAUCACUGAAGAGUUGUAGUUUGGUUGAGUUAGGGUUGGGGAAUUAAGAACCACCACUGUUUCCUGUACAGGAAACGUAGUCCAUCUCUUCUCACAAGCCUCCAGACUCGAUUGCUAUGUUGCAGCUUAUCACUGUUAGUGUUUCGGUGUUAGGUAGCCUUCCCGCUCAUAUCGCCCGUCUGAAGAGAAGUAAUUUGUUAUAUUAACAUGAAAUUGUGAACAGCUUUGAACCACAAAAUGAGAUGCUACUAAAUCAAAAGGUUAGUGGUCCUCUGUAGCUCAAUUGGUAGAGCAUGGUGCUUGUAACGCCAGGGUAGUGGGUUCGAUCCCCGGGACCACCCAUAUGUAAAAAUGUAUGCACACAUGACUGUAAGUCGCUUUGGAUAAAAGCGUCUGCUGAAUGGCAUAUUUAUUUUUUUAAAGGUAAUGUGUGUCUGGUUUAAAGAAGGCCUAUCUUACCUCCAGGUUAUGCAGGCUUUUGUUAUAGCCCAGGACUAUACCUGAUUCUACAUAUCAUGCCCUUGAUUAGUUGAUAGAGGAGUGUUACUAGGCUGGAAUAAAAGCCUGCACACCCUGUUGGUCUCCAGGACCAGGAUUGAAUACAUUGAGAAUUUUUAUAGGGUUGUCAUCUGUGCUGCUGUUCAAGCUGUGAAUGGUGGUUUGUCCUUUGGAGGUCCCAGCAUUUCAACAAUAUAUUCAGGUCCAUUAGAAGAUUUACAAAUGCAAACAGACACAGGAGAGUAGUUUAAGACUUUAAAAUAAGCAUACCAGACACUCAACAGACAGCGCUAAGGGUAAACACUUUGACAAUGACUGAUUUCAACUGUACAAAACAUUUAAGCCAGGUUCAUACUUUGUUCCCAUCAAUUCAUUUUCAACUAUAGGCCUACAUUGUCUGAAUAGUGAGUAGGUAGCUAGCUAUUUCUUCACACAGUGUAACCAGUUGAUAAUAUGUUAUAGGUCAUGUGGGGGAAUGAGUUAGCUUUAUUAUGUUGUAUAUUUCCACACUUUGCUUUAUAAUGUACUUGUUUAAACUAUCAAUUAAACAUAACAUCUCAAUUGAA